AUGCUCCAGGCGUUUGGUACGAGUCCCUUGCUGAGCGGCGCUGGCGCCGCACGUACGAGCAUGGACUCGGACCAGAUCUCGCUCGAGUCCGUGUCCGAGCCGACGUCCGAGGAGGACGAGUGGUUCGCCGAGGUGCGCUCCGCAAAGAAUCCCGAGCCGUACGUCAUUCAGCGCCCGUUCGAUUUUGCCGCUUUUCACCGCAGUCUCGAAUCUGUCAAAGGACCGUACGCGCUUGCGAGCACGAUGCCCCCGACCGUCCACCAGAGCCAGCCGAGCCUCGCGCCGGUCGCGCGGCGCAAGAGUGCGCGCAAGCGCGUACCGGCCAUGCCUGUGCUCUCUUCCACAGACUCUAACCCCAGCGACAAAGGCGAGCCCACCUCGCUGCUGCGCCGCCUGGGCCGCAAAACGCGGCCGGCGCGGCAGCAGGUCAAGCUCCGGCACUUUGGCAGCCGCGUCUUUGGCGUGUGGCACGCGGUGCCGGACCCGAUCUCGCCGAUCGGGUCGCCGGACGCGGACUUCCGUGGACAGGACGAGAAGCUGCCGGAGCCGGUGCAGGGUGUGUCUCUUGCUACGGAGCAGAGCGCAGCGCAAGGCAUGCCGCUUGCGCGUCCCGACACGCCGCUGUGUACCAAGAUCGCGCGGUCUGCGUCGGUGCGGUCAGCGCCGCCCCGCCGCAAGCCGGUGCCCCGCGUCCAGACGCACGCACGGGCCAAGAGCGCCGAUGACGCACCUGCGCCGGCGCUGCCCGCCAAGUCGUCGCUGCGCGGCGACGCACAAGGGAGUGCCACGCCGCCGCCCCGGCCGCCCAAGAGCGUGCUACGGAGCGCGAUGGGCCUGCCGUUCCCCCGUGGCGUCGAGGCACGUGCGGCGCCGCCCCUGGACUACCUCACCCCUUGUCCGUCUGCGAUGCUGCACAGCAGUGCGGCAUGUAGUGCCGCGGCGCCACGCUCGGUCGCGAGCUCCGAAGCGCAUGACGCGGACCUUCCCGCGCUGGACUCGGACUAUUCCGACACCGAGUCGGCGAGAAGCGAAGACGAUCUAGCGAGUAUCGGAAUGCUUGUGAUGCGGCCUGCGCUGCCUCCCCCCGCGCCCGCGAAGCCCAAGUCGCUCAACCACGCCCUCCCCCCCCGCCCACUUGUACCAACGUAG